CGCAGAGGGCGAGAGGCAGCCUGGGAAGCAGCGCCAUAUUGGCGGCGGCCGCGCUGUAUUGUCAUAAAUAGAGCCGGUUUUGUGGUGUUUUCACUACUCGGUUGACUGCCUCGGCCGUAGUGAGUGGGGAAGUGAGCGAGCAAGCGAGCUGCAAGCGAGCAAAGGGAAGUGGACAGAGGAAGGAAGAGAGGGCAAGAACAGGACCCCAGAGCGAAAGACACUCGCUGGAGAGAGACGCAGGAAGCGAUGAAAGAGAUGUCUGCAAACACUAUGCUGGACAGCCAGCAUCAACAAAAGCAUUAUGGAAUUACCUCUCCUAUUAGUUUGGCAUGUCCUAAGGAAAUUGAUCAUAUUUAUACACAGAAAUUAAUUGAUGCCAUGAAACCGUUUGGAGUAUUUGAAGAUGAGGAAGAAUUGAACCACAGGCUGGUUGUUCUUGGUAAAUUGAACAAUUUAGUGAAACAAUGGAUUUCUGACAUCAGUGAAAGUAAGAAUCUCCCCCCUUCUGUUGUGGCUACUGUUGGUGGUAAAAUUUUCACAUUUGGAUCUUAUAGGCUUGGAGUACACACCAAAGGAGCUGAUAUUGAUGCACUUUGUGUAGCCCCAAGACACGUGGAGAGAUCAGAUUUUUUUCAAUCUUUUUUUGAAAAAUUGAAACAUCAAGACGGCAUUAGAAACUUAAGAGCUGUAGAAGAUGCCUUUGUGCCUGUUAUAAAAUUUGAAUUUGAUGGUAUUGAAAUUGAUCUAGUCUUUGCAAGACUGGCAAUACAAACCAUAUCAGAUAAUUUAGAUCUAAGAGACGACUCUCGCCUAAGAAGCCUUGAUAUACGGUGUAUCCGCAGCUUAAAUGGGUGUAGAGUUACUGAUGAAAUUUUGCACUUAGUGCCAAAUAAAGAAACCUUUAGACUCACCCUAAGAGCAGUCAAAUUAUGGGCAAAACGUCGUGGUAUUUACUCCAAUAUGCUGGGAUUCCUUGGUGGAGUCUCCUGGGCAAUGCUAGUUGCCAGAACUUGCCAACUGUAUCCAAAUGCAGCAGCUUCAACUUUAGUUCACAAGUUUUUUUUAGUUUUUUCCAAAUGGGAAUGGCCAAAUCCUGUGCUGUUGAAGCAACCAGAAGAAAGCAACUUGAAUUUGCCUGUCUGGGAUCCUCGGGUAAAUCCAUCAGAUAGAUAUCAUCUUAUGCCCAUAAUCACCCCUGCCUACCCACAACAGAAUUCUACAUAUAAUGUGUCUACAUCUACUCGAACAGUAAUGGUAGAAGAAUUUAAACAAGGUCUUGCAGUUACGGAUGAAAUUCUUCAAGGGAAAUCAGACUGGUCCAAACUAUUAGAGCCUCCAAAUUUCUUUCAAAAAUACAGGCAUUAUAUAGUAUUGACUGCCAGUGCAUCAACAGAAGAAAAUCAUCUCGAAUGGGUUGGAUUAGUGGAAUCUAAAAUCCGUGUGCUUGUUGGAAACUUGGAGCGUAAUGAAUUUAUUACUCUUGCCCAUGUGAAUCCCCAGUCAUUCCCAGGAAACAAAGAACAUCAUAAAGCCAACAAUUACGUAUCAAUGUGGUUCCUCGGAAUAAUUUUUCGGAGAGUAGAAAAUGCAGAAAGUGUCAACAUAGACUUGACAUAUGAUAUACAGUCAUUUACUGAUACAGUGUACAGGCAGGCAAACAAUAUAAAUAUGUUAAAGGAUGGAAUGAAAAUCGAAGCAACUCAUGUAAAGAAAAAACAACUUCAUCAUUAUUUACCUGCAGAGAUUCUUCAAAAGAAGAAAAAGAGUCUUUCUGAUGUAAGCCGGAGUUCAGGUGGCCUUCAGUCCAAAAGAUCAUCUCUGGAUAGCAGCUGUCUGGAUAGCUCCAGAGACACCGACAGUGGAACACCUUUUCCCUCGCCAGUGUCUACAAAUAAGUCUUCAAACCCAGACAGCCCUGUGGGAGAAGCAGAGAGGAAUAGUACUGAGCCUGCGACUGUAGUUGUAGAGAAGCUACCCAGUGUCCCCCCAGCUCAAGGGCUGUCUAUUCCAGUCAUUGGUGCAAAGGUUGAUCCUACAGCGAAAGCUGCAUCCUCCCCAUCUGUAUGUACCAUUCCUACUGUAGUAGGACGUAACGUUAUUCCUAGAGUCACAACACCUCACAACCCUGUCCAGGGACAACCACAUCUAAAUGGACUCUCUAAUAUAAGUAAGAAUGUUACACCCAAAAGAUCCCAUUCGCCACCUACAGAUGGGACUUCAAAGAGGUUGAAAGACAUAGAAAAGUUUAUUCGACUUGAGUCAGCAUUUAAAGACUCCCGUGCUGCCGAGGAUAGGAAAAGAAAGCCAAUGGUAACUAUGUUAAUACUGCACUCAGAAUGGGAACUUGAAGAGCAACAGACUAUGAAAGGCACCGUAGAAAGAUGCCAUUGGUGGAGAAUCUAUGCCCAUUCCAACUAUUGAUACAUCACGGAAAAAGAGACUACCCAGUAAAGAACUGCCAGAUUCAUCGUCUCCAGUUCCAGCAAGCAACAUCCGCGUCAUCAAAAACUCCAUCCGACUGACUCUCAACCGGUAAUCGCAGUGGUAAUAGCUGUGCCUCUUCACUUAGUGACCAUGCAGUCACACAGUGGCGUAGAUGGCGUGACAGUCCAGUCAACAGCCUCAUGACCUUGGAGUGGUUUUUGAACUCUCACAUUUGACCUUGAGAUGCUGUAGCAUUCUCACUGAUUGCUACCCACGCCCUCUGAGGAUCACCUGCUAGUAAAUGUCACCUGCAGUAUUAUGGCUUUGCAUUUUGAGGUUUUACUGCCUUAACUUUUGAUGUUUGUUUCUUUGUCAUGGGAACCAGUUCUUGGCCACUUGGACUUUGAUGAAACCAGCCCUGAACUGUGUGUGUGUGUUUGUUUGUUUGGGUUUUUUGUUUGUUUGGUUGGUUUUUUGUUGUUGUUGUUUAAGUCUUACGUUGUAAUCAUUGUAUAGAGCUGAAAAAGUUAAAAAAAAAAAACCUGUCUUGUAAUUUCCAAAUGUUUGUAUGUUUACUUUAGCAUUGAAGCCACUUUGUGAAGUUAUUGAAUGUGAGAUAUGUUUCUGCUUCUUUCUUUGUGCAGAUGUCUAUUUUGUUAAUUUAUUUUUUUCAGAUUGGCACAUAAAUAUUUAAACUAUUUUUUGUGCUUUUGUCCACAUGUUGCAUAGUUUCCAGGGAGGACUGACUAGUCCAGUGACUACACAAGAGUUGGGCACCAUAAAUUCUCAGUAUUUUGCCUCCCAUGGAGGUCUUCAAAAUGCAUCUUUAUUAAAAAUCAGACUGUAACCAGGAUACUGAAAGUCAGUAUAUGAAUGGUGAAAUUGUUACAUGUCUUACUAUCUCAUGACAUUCUUGUUAGCUGAUUGGUAUUUUUUACAAAGGAAGAAUUCAUCCCACCAUCAAUGAUAAGAUACAUUUAAGUAUGGCAGACUUGUAUUUUUGAAGUAUAAAAUUAACUCAGCAUGGUAAUCCCUCGCCAUAGCCUCCAGCAGUCUCUUCAUGGGUUAGGCAUGCAGAAUAAGCAGUGGGUUUUAUUGAAACCUCAAAGCAUUUUUGAAUGACAUUGUUACCAACCAUUAAUUGGCUCAGGACCUUUGUAGUUUUAUUUAACUAUAUGAGUUGUCUUUUUUUACACUGCUUUUUUCAGUGCAUUUCUUAAUAUUUUUUAAGUUUCAUGAAUGCAUGCUCAGUUUAUUAAAAGUCCACAACCAUGUAAUUCUUGUAAUCUGUUGACUCCGUGUUUUGUAAAUGAAGUCGUAUGUAUUUUCAGAGUAUUUUUGUAUGUACUGUAAGAUAUCAUCUUUUCAAAGAGAAACUUUAAAACCGUUACUGUCUGUCUUUAAUUUUUUGAAUAGGCUUAAUUAAUAUAUUUAAAAUGAAACUCAGCAUAGCCAGGAAGUCUUGAGCUCUCACUCAGCUGUGCAGUAGGCCAGAGGGGGCAAUACAUUGGAGUAGUGCAGGGUUCACAAGACACAUGGGAGAAAGAACAGCCUGUUUUCACGUACACCAGCUUUACACCUUUACAUUGAGACUGUCGUGGUGUUGUGCCCUCCCUGCCCGUUCUGAUUUUAGGGCUGUGCCGCUCCCAUGUUCUGUGUCAAAGGCCAGGGGUUGUGGCUUCUUUGGCAGUGCUAUUUUCAUAGUUAACCUCUUCCUAAAUUGAAAUGUUUGGGAUUUGUUCUACAAAUAUGCAAAACUGAAUGAUUAUGAAAGGACUGAUGGGUGUUGGUGGCACACACCUUUAA